AUGCGCACGCUCCUCGCGCUUCUCGGCCUCGCGCUAUCGGCCCACUCGAUAUGCUACUAUCCCAAUGGUGCCGUGUCCAGACAGGACACACCCUGCCGCAACGACCUUGACCAGUCGGCGUGCUGCGGCCAGGGCUUCGCCUGUCUCAGCAACGGCAUGUGCAAGACGACGGGUCGUGAGCAGGACACGCCACCCGACACGAAUUACCUUCGCGGAAGCUGCACCGACAGGUCCUGGCGGAGUGGCAACUGCCCAUCAUUCUGCCUUCAGGAGAACAUGGACAACAUCGGGGCCGCCUCGGGAGUGCAGGCCUGCCCGGGCGACUAUUCCGAGACUCGCUUCUUCUGCAUCAACAAACAGGCCGACGGCUGCAGAAUCGCUGGAAAGGUCUUGGUUUUUCCAUGUAAGUCCUUGUCUCCUUAUCGACCGGGAACGAACGUCGACAUUCGCGGCGAAUAUGAGACUGACAACGAGCGUUGCCAAGCACCCACUGUUGUCACCACUAUAGGAUAUCAAGCCAAUAUCCCCUCGUCCGGAUCCUCCACGACGGCGACAUCCACACCUCCUAGCACGCAAAGUGUCCCGCCCAUGGAUCCUGACGGCAGAAUGGGCAACAACAACAACAACGACAACAACAAUAACAAAAGCAGCAGCAGCAGCGGAAGCAGCGGAAGCAGCAGCGCAACGCAGGUAGGUGUCGGCAUUGGCGUCGGCGUAGGGGUUGGCAUCCCCGUCUUGGCCGGCGCUGGCGCCGCACUCAUCGUCAUGAACCGGCGGAGGAGGAAGGCGGCUGCGGCCUCACAGUUUGUCGGACCAACUGAGCAGUUCAAGAACCAAGAACCUCGAGAGAUGGCCCACUCUGCGGAGACGCAGGUAAUGAUGCCCCGGCACGAACUGUCCACGUAG